CUUCUUGAGCAGGUCUGCAGGUGCACACAAGCAAAUUGCUCAAGAAUGAUGGGAUCCGAAGAUUGCGAAGGUUUUCUACCUGAGAUUCACAUGUUCUCGCGCAACAGCAGCCCUUAUUCCUCCGCCAGAGGUCGGACUUCGGUUUCUCGUCCAAAAGCAAUCUCGAAAGUCCCUCGUCAAACUGCAACUUCCAAAGUUUUGCCACAGAUCGCGAGCCUAAGAGUGCCAUUAAAAGCGAUCUCAAAGCAAGCUGUGAGUCGAAGGUUAAUUUUGGAGGAGCCCAACGCAUCACAAGCCACUUCGACAGCCGUACGACAGGAGCAUAUCGUGACUCAGGAGGAGCAAAUACCACCCGGAAGCGCAUACGAGCGGCGAGAAUUCGUCUUUGAAGAGGAGUCGAUGCAAAUGGAAGAACUUCCGGAGUUGCCGUCAUCACUAUUUGAUUGUGUAGCAAAUGGGGAACUACGCAUGGAACUAGCCGCGAAACUGAUGCUGCAUCGCACUAAAAAUGGGACAUUCAAUUACGCUGCGUACGAUGAAUUUGUCAGCUCAAAUGUGGCUGCACGAGCGGUCUCGCGCUACGAUGGAUUGGACGGUUUCGAGGAUCCACAUAUAGUAGGCUGCAAUUUCAUGGCGAUGAGACUCUUAGCCGACAUCGGGAAAGCCCAAAUGAUGAAGAUAGCGCAAGCCGUGGAAAAUCUCCGCCAACCCUCCUUUCGUGAAGUUGGAUAUUAUGAACCUCGUGAUGGGGAAGUGGAAUCCGAGAAGAAAGGACAACACCACCCAGAGUCUCACAUCUCUGUAUCGUUUCCCUUUACAACAGAUCACCAGCCCCCCUCAGCGAAUUCAAGAAUAUUCGCUGAGGCUGAACGGAAGAAGCGCAGGGACGCCAAACUCAAAAACCUCCCCGAUGAGAUCGAAACCACCUUGAUCGAUUUUGCUGACGAUAUGAUGGGAUACGGGUACGACGAACUGCUACCAGGCGCGGUUGUGGAUUUUGAAAACUCGGAAUUUUACGCUAGUCUUGGCACAGACGAAGCCGAAAGAAAACAAAAUUUUGAUCAGGCUUCGCGUGAGAAAAUGCGGUGGCGUCCACAGCUCUUCAAGGCCCUGCAAUUCGCACUACGAGAUAUUAGGUCCUAUACGUACAAGGAAAGCGAGUCGAAAUGGAUACCGCAUAAGCGCCAGUCGAAGAAAGUCGCGGACGAAAUGAUCGACGAUGGGGCAGUAACAGGAGACGACGACGACCUAUUCAUUGCUGAUGAGUGAAAUUCCGUGAUAGCAAUAUUUUUGACUUAUAUAUGUUUAUUGCAUGUACAUGAUGCCAUUCCGUUACAUAUGUAUUUGAUUGUACACAUUUGAUCCACAUUCUCAUCAUAAAGUGUCUUUUAAAGCUUUAAUUACAUAAUUAAUAAAG